UUGAUAUAGAGAAAAAGUUCAAAUGCCUUUCGUAACAGUUGGUUUCUUUUGCAAUCUUUGAUAUGCUAUAAGAAACUGAAGAGAAGACAAUCAAUAGGCCGAGUAUGUUCUCCUGAUCAGCUACAUUUGCAAAGAUGUGUGGACAAACCAGUCGACUUACAUUACAAGAAUUUGCACGACACUUGCAGUUAGUAUACAUUAGUAUGAUCAAUCAUUCUCUGCUCUGGUGGUGGUGCAGUAGAAUGUAUGCAAGUGUAACAAAUAACAUGUACUAGCUAAUCUGGUAUAGCCAUUAAGGGCUUUGAACCAUUAUCCCAAGGAACCUCAGACAAAUGAUCAGUAUUUAUAGAUAGCUGUGAUUAUGAUUUCUAUGGUGGUUUGAAAGGAAGGGUCGUGUAUUGGAGAAGUCUUAGGACUUGUUUCUGAGAUGAGGAAUGGACAAAAAUGAUCUGCCAUUUUCACCAUUCUAAAUGAUCCGAAUAGCAGUUAGCGAAACUCACUCUGCCUUAACGCCCUUCACACAAAAGUGCAGAACUCUCAACCACCUAAAAGAACUCCAUUGCCAACUCCUCAAACACUACCUCCCUGAAACUCCAUCAGCCAUUACCCCACUUCUUUCAUUUGCCGUCAAUUCUAGGAAUCCUUCUUUCUUUAAUUAUUUGCGUAUUGUGUUUCAAAAUCUUGGCUACCAAAGUACUUUUCUGUACAAUACCAUGAUCAGAGGAUACAUGCAAUCAGAUUUGCCGAUACCAGCAGUUCUAUGCUACAAAGAUAUGCUAAGAGAUAAGCUUAUUGUAAAUAAUUAUACUUUUCCGCCAUUGAUAAAGGCUUGUUCAAUGAUUUUAAAUGAGUUUGGUCAACGUGGUUUUUCAGUGCAUGCCCAUUUGCUGAAAAUGGGAUUACAACAUGACCGGUUUAUUGUUGCAUCAUUGAUUGAAUUUUAUUCCCUAAAUCACGAGAUGGACAGAGCACGUAUGUUGUUUGAUGAAAUUCCCAACAGAGAUGUGGUUAUGUGGACCACCAUGAUUGAUGGAUAUGGGAAAAUAGGGGAGGUGGGGAAAGCUAGAUUGUUAUUUGAAGAAAUGCCAGAGAGAAAUGUGAUUUCUUGGAGUGCAAUGAUGGCAGCAUAUUCACGGGCUAGUGAUUUUAAGGAGGUGCUUUGCUUGUAUCGAGGGAUGGAAGAAGACGGUCUUAAGCCAAACGAGUCUGUUCUUGUGAGUGUUCUCACGGCUUGUGCUCAUCUAGGUGCACUGGCACAAGGUCUUUUGGUACAUUCAUUUGCUAAGCAUUAUAAUUACAAGUCAAACCCAAUAUUGGCUACUGCAUUAGUUGACAUGUACUCUAAAUGUGGUAGAAUGGAGUCCGCUUCAUCAGUUUUUGAAGCGAUGACUUAUAAGGAUACUGGAGCAUGGAAUGCCAUUAUAUCAGGCUUUGCAAUGAAUGGAAAUGCAGUGAAAUCGGUUCAAUUGUUCGAUAGGAUGAUAGCAAGUGGGAAUCGGCCAAAUGAAACCACUUUUGUUGCUCUGCUCUCUGCUUGCACUCAUGCAGAAAUGGUCGACGUCGGUCUUUCUCUAUUUGCAAGAAUGGGCAGUGUUUAUGGAGUUGAACCCAGGUUUGAACAUCGCGCAUGUGUGGUAGACCUGUUAGCAAGAGCUGGCAAGCUCGAGGAUGCUGAGAAGUUCAUUGAGGAGAACAUGGGAGGGAUAGAGAAAGUGGAUGCUAAUGUGUGGGGAGCUUUACUUGGUGCUUGUAGGGUAUAUGGUAAUGUUGAAGUAGGUGAUAGGAUAUGGAGAAAGCUGUCUAACAUGAAGGUAACUGACCAUGGUACUUGUGUACUUGCAUACAAUAUAUACAAGGAAGCUGGUCGAGAUAUAGAAGCUAAGUGUGUUAGGAAAUUGAUCGAGGAGAUGAGGAUAAAGAAGCAGCCUGGAUGUAGCGUCAUAGAGACAAUUGCUUCGACACUCUCAGUUCUACACACAGAAGAAUCAAAGAAGAAUCAAAUACUGCUCCAUUGAUCCAAUUGCCUCUAAUAUCUACUGAAGAAGCAGAAUGUUCAGCAGCUGUGGCACAAUACAGAAAGCAAAAAGAUGAAGAAAGAGAGAGCGAGAAGCUUCAUAAAACCCUCAUGAACUUGAUAUACGAGUCAUCAGGAUUCAACAUAUAUCUGUAUUACUGUAUAUUCAUAGCAGCACCAACAACAACAGAAGAAAGAAGAAGAAGAAGAAAACGAAGGAGGAGAAAGGGGGUUGAAGUUGUUUAAAAAGUGGGUACAAGUUAAAACUUUUAAAAAAAAUGGGUAUAGGUUUGGCGCCCCGUGCAACUUUUACUUCAUUGCUAUCUUGCAGUUUUAUGCUUUGUGGCCCAUUCUUACAAUUUCAACAGUGUGUAUCUAUGAUGAAAGUGUUCAUAGUAAAUCGAGCAUCACAGUAUGGUUGAUUUGUUUUCGAUUCGCCCCGACCCCCUUGCCCCUUAUCUUUCUUUUUGUCUUUUCUUGUUUUAUUUUCGACUUGUGUCACCCAUCUUUUGAUGCUCUAGGUCUUUAAGCAUGCGUUGCAUGUGGUUGUAAUGAAAAUACAGUCAAACCUCUCUAUACCAGUAUUGUUUGUAUUGAUA